AUGGCUAGUCUGGAGCAGCAUGGCUCAUCUGGUUUCUCAGACUCAGACUCGUCGGCUGAAAGCUCUGGACGCUCGCAAUCCCGCAACGACGCCGCCGCCUACACCUCCGACCCGCCGCCUCGCUCCGGAACCAACUCGAAUUUCUACACCCAUCCCUCCCGCACAUCGAUUCUGAGUCCCAGCGGCGGACUGCUGCUCGAUCCGAUUCCCGGCCUCGCCUCGGCGACGUUGCGUGGCGCCGAUAACACCAACAUGGAUAGCUCUGGUCAUGACGACGUGGCCAGCAUCUGGAAGACCAGCGGCAGCUUACCCUCGUUUUCUCGCGGCUUCGACAUGUUUAUGAGACCCGGACCCUUAUACGACCUCGUUGCCGAACCCUUCCUCAAAGAUCAUGAUUCCUUCUUCGUCCCGUCCUACCUGGCUGGGUCGAGCUACGUCCGCAAGUUGGAAGCUGCCCACGCGGCACGACUAAAGGCUCGGAUCGAGGCGGUGAGAGAACACAACCGGGAGAUGGCGACUGGACUGCCUCGAGGGCAGCCUGGUGUCGGGAUCCAUGCCUCGCCAGUUGGUGCCGGUGCGGGACUGUCUCACGCGAACCUCGAGCGGCUGAGUUACCAGAAGAUGGAAGACGAAUUGAUGCCCUUGCCAAGUCGAUGGAAUCCAAGUGAUUCCUAUGGCCCUCUCGAGUUUCUGGAGGCUGGUCGGGCGUUGAAGUUUAUUGGUCAGAGGAGUAGUCAAGAUCGGGAUCACGAGGCAGCUGCGGUACGAGCAGAUCACGCUAUGCCGGCUGAAUGUGGAAUAUACUACUACGAAGUUCAUAUCAUGUAUGGAAAACGCGAUGACACUACAAUUGCCAUCGGAUUCGCAACCAAGGCUGCGUCCAUGUCACGACCGGUUGGGUGGGAACCUGAAUCCUGGGCGUACCAUGGUGAUGACGGCCGCUGCUUCACUGGACAAAAUAUUGGCCGGCCAUUUGGACCGACGUUCAACACGGGAGACAUCAUUGGCUGUGGCGUGAAUUUCCGAGAUCAUACUGCAUUUUUUACCAAGAACGGCGUCAAAAUUGGCGUUGCUUUUCACGAUGUGGCCAGGGGGAAACUUUUCCCAGCGAUUAGUCUCAAGAAGCCGGGGGAGCAGAUCAUGGUCAAUUUUGGGCAAACACCUUUUGUUUACGACAUUGACGAUAUGAUGAGGGAACAACGGAAUAAGAUUCAGCAAGAUAUCGAAAACACCGACAUUUCCAGACUGGAGCCAGGGUUGAGCGAAACAGAUCUCAUACAAGCUUUGUGUUUGCAGUUUUUACAACACGAUGGCUAUGUUGAGACGGCUCGUGCCUUCGCGGAGGACAUCAGAUUGCAAAAGGAAGCGUUGAACUUGGAUCCUAAUGUCACUGUUGACGGAAUCAAUAUUAAGGAUGAUGAAGAUGCAAACAACAGACAAAGGAUUCGAAGAGCUAUUCUGGAGGGUGACAUCGACCGUGCUCUUAAGUACACGUCGGCCUACUAUCCUCAAGUGUUUAGAGAUAACGAGGAAGUGCAUUUCAAACUGCGUUGCCGAAAAUUUAUCGAAAUGGUCCGCAAAGCAGCACAGCUGAGGAGCGGCAGCGAGUCCAAGAAGAGCAACGGACGUGGACCGGCCGUGAGCUCUAUUUCUCAGGACAUGGAUGUUGACUUGAAUGGCGGAGACAAUGGGUCCUGGCACGAGAAUAUGAGUUUGGAUUCCGAGGCGCAAGACCCCCAGGUGGAGUUGCUCAAGCUAGAGCAAGAGAUGCUCGAGUACGGACAAACUCUCGGGGCGGAAUAUGCGGACGACCAACGCAAGGAGAUUAGCAAAGCUCUCGGUGAAAUUUGGGCCUUGGUGGCAUACGCCAAUCCCCUCAAAGAACCGAAAGUUAGCCACCUACUUGAUAAGAAGGGCAGAGGAGUGGUUGCUGAAGAACUGAACUCGGCCAUUUUGGGCAAGUACCUCCGCCGCAAUCUACCAGUAUACUUGUUUCUAACCUAUACCAUAGCAUCUCUGGGCAAGUCGUCGCGAGCAUCGUUAGAAAAGCUCUACGCUCAAACGAGCGUCCUUCUCGACGAACUCCGGGCCGACGGCGGUGCUGGUGCCUUCGUUUCUGUGCAGGAUGUGGUGGACAGCAUCAAGACGUUGCCACAGUCAUAG